AUGGAGUACUGGCUGGUUGCUGGAUUGCUUUUGUGCUGUGGGAAAGGGAUUAUCGCUCAGAUAAAGUAUUCUGUUCCAGAGGAGGUGAAAGUGGGAUCAGUUGUUGGAAAUCCCGCUAAAGAUUUAGGACUUAACCUCUCUACUUUGAAGGACAGAAGAUUUCGUAUUGUGUCUGGCUCCACUGACGCUCUGUUUCAGGUAAACCAGGACAACGGUGUGUUGUAUGUCCAUGACAUUAUAGACAGAGAAGAACUCUGUCAGGGAAACAGCGCUUGUGUUGUUAAUUUGAAAAUAGCUGUUGAAAAUCCUCUGGAAAUUCAUUAUCUUGCAGUGGAAAUCACUGAUGUAAAUGACCAUUCUCCUUCUUUCCACGGUGAGGAGCAGCUUCUGGAAAUAUCUGAACAUGUUCCUGUGGGUACUCGAUUUCCUAUUCAUGCAGCCCGUGAUCCUGAUAGUGGAACUAAUUCGGUUCGCUUCUAUAAACUGAACACACAUGAUGAUUUUGAAAUUGAAAUCAGAGACAGUGAUGAUGACAAAAUACCGUUUCUUUUAUUAAAGAGACAGUUGGAUAGGGAACGGCAGACAGAGCAUUGCUUAGUAUUGACGGCCACCGAUGGAGGCCAUCCACCGAGAUCUGGAAGCCUAAAUUUGAUUAUCACAGUUCUUGAUACAAAUGACAAUCGCCCCAUUUUUAGUAAAGAUGUUUAUACAGUCGCUUUAAACGAAAAUGUCCCACUAGGUGCAUUUGUAAUCAAAAUUAAUGCCACUGAUUUAGAUGAGGGCCUUAACAGUGAAAUUGAAUAUAGCUUAAGCAAAACAUUAAAGCAAAAAGUGUAUGACACAUUUAUGCUCGAUAGUGUCACUGGUGAAAUUCGAGUGAAAGGAAGCGUGGACUUUGAGGACACGGAAGUUUACAAGCUCGAUGUCCAGGCCUCUGAUAAAGGCCAGCCACCCUGGACGGCCGAAUGCAGGGUUGUCAUAAAAAUAAAUGAUGUUAACGACAAUAAGCCGGAUAUAGAAAUCACAUCACUGUCUAACAUAGUCCCUGAAGAUUCAAAACCUGGCAGCGUUGUUUCCCUUAUUAGUGUGACGGACAGCGAUUCAGGCAUCAACAGUAAAGUUAUUUGCACAAUCUUAGGGGAUGUCCCAUUUGAAUUGAAACCAUCUAUUCAAGAAAACAUGUUCUCUCUCAUCACAAACGGACGUUUAGACCGAGAAACUGUGUCACAUUAUGACAUCACAAUAAUGGCUACUGAUUGUGGUCACCCUCCUCUAUCCACCAUCAAAAGUCUUAGUAUUGAAAUAUCCGAUGUGAACGACAACAGGCCUGAGUUUAGGCAGAACCCGGUGGACUUAUAUAUGGUAGAAAACAAUGAGCCUGGUGCCUCUAUCUUCUAUGUGAAUGCUAUCGAUAAAGAUGUAAAUGAAAAUGCAGGUAUUUCAUAUCACAUUGUAAGAGGGAACGGAUCAAAUAAUGACAUGACAUCCUUUCUUAAUAUCAAUUCUGAUAAUGGACAGAUUUCCGCACUAAAGAAGUUUGACUUUGAGACACUGAAAACCUUCCAGUUCCAAGUUGUCGCCACAGACUCUGGAACUCCAUCACUGAGCAGCAACGUCAGAGUGAACGUGUUCAUUCUGGAUCAGAAUGACAACGCUCCAGUCAUCUUGUAUCCCGUCAGCGCGAACGGUUCUGCUGAAGGUGUGGAGGAGAUUCCCCGCAAUGUGAACCCAGGCCACCUGGUGACUAAAGUGAGAGCCUAUGAUCCAGAUAUAGGAUAUAACGGCUGGUUGUUGUUUUCACUGCAGGAAGUGAGUGACCACAGUCUGUUUGGUUUGGACCGCUAUACAGGACAGAUAAGAACACUUCGCUCAUUCACCGAGACAGACGAGGCUGAGCAUAAACUGGUCAUACUGGUGAAAGACAAUGGGAACGUUUCCCUGUCAGCAACAGCCACUGUUAUUGUCAAGGCUGUGGAGCCCAAAGAGGCUUUUGCAGCUGCUGAUGUUCAAGGUGCAGCAAAAGUUGAAGAGGAUAACAAUGUAAUAUUUUAUUUGAUUAUAAUUUUGGGAUCAGUUUCAACACUUUUUCUCAUCAGUAUUAUUGUGCUGAUUGUAAUGCAAUGCUCGAAACCUGCGGACUACUCAUCCAAAUAUUUACAAGAAACUAACUAUGACGGGACACUGUGCCACAGCAUCCAGUACAGAUCUGGAGACAAACGGUACAUGCUAGUUGGACCCAGAAUGAGUAUAGGAUCUACUGUAGUCCCGGGCAGCAAUGGAAAUACGCUUGUUGUCUCUGACAGGAGGCAGGCAUCUGAAGAGGUAAGAAUUACUUUAUUUUAUCAACGUUCAAGGUGUACACAUCUGCACAGGGAAGGAUUAAGAUAG